GGCAGAAGUGGUUAGCAGAAUGUCAUUCACAUGCCAACGGUAGGAAGCAGAUGUUCACGUCGGGAAGCUUAGUGUACACGGCCAGCUUGGCCUGGGGACUCCAUGCACCAAAAAUGAACAGUAGAUGAGAAAAUGAAAGCCUCGGUGCAAAGAAGACGUUCUGCGUCCGCCAUCGGCAGGGCCCUGAGCAAGAACAAGGAACAUUCCAGGCCGGUCACACUUAUUCCUUCUCACUGUGGAAGUGGUCUUCUCCUGGGAUCUUUCUGUAGCCCCAACAACAUGUUCAUACUGAAAGAAAGAGCCCAGCUGUCGAGUGGGUGGCACACACAAGAGAGGUACCUGUUCCUCUUCAGUGACUCCCUCAUUAUCGCCAAGUCAAAGUCUCCUUCCAGCAUGAAGCUUAAAAAACAAGUUCGUUUGAGCGAUGUGUGGAUCUCUGCCAACCUUUGGGAUGUUUCAGAAAGGAGGCAUUCCGUCGACGAUUCCUUUGUUAUUGGGUGGCCCACAACAAACUACGUUGUUACAUUUAGUUCCUCAGACACAAAGGAGAAGUGGCUCUCCACAUUAAGCUGGCAUAUUAAAGAAGUAAAGAAAGAUGAGUUCCCUGGAAAAAUUGCAAUUAGUGUUUUAUAUCUGGAUGCAGAUGAAUACAUGUCUAGUACUACAGUUACUGUGUCUAACAUGGACUCUACGGAAAAAGUGAUUAAACUGGUGUCUCAGCAGCUUGAACUUCCGGGCAGACACAGUGACUACCAUCUGUGGGUGACAUCUGGAAAGGAUGAACCUCCAUAUCCUCUUUGCGGUCAUGAGUACCCUUACAGUAUUGCAAUGAGCUGUCUCCAGGAAUCUGUGGUUAUGGCCAGAGGACUCGGCAAUAACCUUUCUUUAGAACACAGUGCAGACAGUAUUCUUGAACAGUUCCCUCAUGAAAGACAAUGCCAGUUCAUCAUUAAGCUUCGGCCCCAGGGCCCCAUGGAAGUGAGGAGGGAGUCUGCACAAAAACAAUGCAGGAGGAAAAAGUCACUGAUUGACUGGGCUUUACGUCGUAGUGGCAGCGCCACAUUGAGCACAGCUUCUUCUCAAUCACCUCUUACACCACGUAAGCUCUUUGGUCAUUCCCUGUCAUCGGUGUGUCCCAAUGGGAAUCUACCCAAACCCAUAAUGGAUAUGCUCCUGCUGUUAUAUGAAGAAGGGCCGAACACGAAGGGCAUUUUCAGGCGCUCGGCCAAUGCCAAAACAUGCAAGGAGCUCAAGGAGAAGUUGUUGUGCGGUGACGAUGUCCAGAUGGGCGGAGAAUCUGUGUUUGUAGCAGCUGCAGUGAUCACGGAUUUUCUCCGCAAUAUUCCUGACAGUAUUCUAUCCUCAGACAUGUAUGGGCUUUGGAUGGAAGUCACAGAAAUGGAGGAACCGGAAAACAGUAUAAAAGUCAUAAAAAGCCUGUUGGACCAGCUCCCUGAAGCCAACUUCAGCUUGCUGCAACAUUUGUUUGCUGUGCUGAAUCACAUUGGGAAGAACUGGGAAGAAAACCAAAUGACCGCUUCGAAUCUUGCUCUCUGCAUAGCUCCCAAUAUGUUAUGGCUGCCUACCGGAGGGGACCCCGAGGAAGAGAGCAAGUCCACCAAAAAGGUGGCUCAGCUGGUGCAAUUUCUUAUAGAGAAUUACUCGCUCAUCUUCGAACAAGAUGCUUCCUUUCUGUUCAGCAAACACAGACAGCAAGAUUCAGGAAGUACUAAUGACUUGGCAGAUAUACACAUGAUCCGACGGCAAGAUUCCUCCGAUGAGCUUGAAUUUGCAGCUUCAGACUUGGACAAGUCGGAGUCAAACCUGCUAAAAGAUGAAGAUGGAUUGUUUGAUGAGUCUUUGCUGCUACAGGAAAGGGAGGACUGGGACCUUUUUAGUGAAAUAUCUGCCUGCUACCUGAGCAAAACGAAGAUGGACAUCUUGAACUGCAUGGAUUCAGCAUGCUGCCUUAGUCCUGCUCGGGACAGAUGUUCUUCAGAACCAAGCGUAUGUCAAAGUUCUAGGCUUACAGUCCAGGGUCAUGAACCAGUAGCUCGCCAGUCCAGUUGUGAUGCCACCAUUAUACACAGUCAUCUGGAUUAUAUAAAUCAGAUGAAGCAGUUACAGCUAGAAAGUCAGAACCUUCUACAUGGAGAUCUGGCUCCUAGUACGAAAAACACAACAUAUGGUUUUUGGAAGUCAACCCAAACAAAACCCAACACCAAGGAGAAAAGUUCUCAAAUGAUAAACCCUUCCAAUAGGUCAAGUUUUUCAAGCCUUUCUUCAACAACCACCUCUCCUUCUGCUUCUUCCCUAAGUUCUCUAGACAGCGCCUUCUCUUGCUCAGAGUCACCAGUGUUCAAUUCGAGCGAUGUUACCUCCUUACCAUUUAUGUUUGGAACAUCAGCUAGACUAAACACAAUAUCCCCAGAAAUUACCAGAAAGAAACUAAGAGAGUGGCACAUACCUCUAUCUACGCUCUUUGGGGGCAACUCUUGUGACCUAGACUCAUGGGAGAUGCAAUGGGAAUCCAAGAAGAAAAAUAAUGUUAAAGAAACUGAGAGAGGAAGCGGUGUGGUUCCAGGCCAAGGUAGCAUUCAUAAAGAAUGCUUGGACAAGGAAUCCAACCAACCUUUCAGUUCCACUGGCAAAGAGGGUGUCACAUUUUUACAGACGCCAAAAUUCAAAUUUAGCCACGUCAAAACCGAAUCACUUUCCGAAAAUGGGACUUGUGUUCAUAAGGAGAUCUCGGUGAAGCAAAUUGAGAUUAAAAAAGGAGAGUCCUCCAAAGACAAGAGGUCCCAAGAAGCCACAAUGGCUUUCUAUGCCUCUCCUAACAUCAUGUCCAUAACUAACCUUAAUGACCAAAAUCUGAAUGAGGAUUCUUGCAGUCAGGGUGAUCAAGUUACAAAGCUCAAAAUACCUCAGACUGUCUUCUAUGGCCAAAACACCCCGUUGGUAUUGCAUUCCGUUUCCAGAAAGCAACACCCGGAAGUAGAAAAACCCCAAUGGCAAACACAGCUCACACAUGUAGUCAGAAGAAGCUCUGCAAAUGAUAUAGUAACUAAAAAUGGGAAUUUAUCUUCGGCCUUUACAGACAAAGAAGUCACGAGCAAACAAGAACAUGAAGAAUCUCAAUCUAUCAAAGAAACCCAACUUCCCAAAAGUCCCACCAAGUCCAUCACAACUUUCAGUCAGACAAUUCGUAUCAUCUUACCAUCCUCUGUGAAGAACACAGUGCGGGAAUAUUUUAAGCACGGUGACCCUAAAUCUCCCGCCUCUCAUGAUAUCCGUGUCACAAAUAAUGUGGUUCAGGAGAGAAAUGAAAACUCACGGGGUACAGAGGACCACCCAGGGACAUAGGAGCAGGAACGUUUGUUUGGACUUUGGAGUCUUUUGUAUAAAGCGAGUGUCAAAAAUGUAGUAAAUAUAUUGUAUAGGAUGCAAGAUAAUGCAAGAGAAGAACAUAUUGUAAAAUGUUUUCUAUGUGAAGAGUUUGGUUGUAUAAAGCUCCAGUUCAUGUAAAGGGUUUUUUGUAAACUUCAAGAAUUUUAAUGGUUUUGUAAGUUAAUUUUAAAUGACUUUGUUUUUA